AUGGAUAAUGUCAUCAUCGGUGGGGAAAUUCCCCCGUCCCCAGGUCUUAGAGGGACAACCCUGCCACUGAGAUCUCGAAGUAACUCACCAGUCAUUAUAUUUACUGUGAAUAGCACAAAAAACAAAUCACAGAUCGAAGCGGCACCGCUUGCUGGGGCAGAAAAACCCGCCAGAUGGACAAAUCCUUGUAAUGCGACUAGAAAACUCAGUUCAACGGAUUUAACGAUUCCAGUGAUUUCAGAUUUUGAAAAAAUUCAGAAUAUUAACGAAAAACUGAUUGAUCUACGGGAUAUAUCAAAAGCCUUGCGGGAUAGACUGGCAAAGGAGCGAAUAAAGAAUGAAGUACUUGUGCAAGCUCUCCAGUCUCAACAUAUAGACGGAUUUCCCAACAUAAAUGUAUCCCAACAGGAUCUCGAAGAGUACACGAAAAAUGUGACAUUAGCCUAUGUACGGACCUAUAGGGAUUUAUCAGUAGUUGCAAUAUUCAUGGAGGCCAGCUUAGAAGACGAAGAAAAAUAUGAAUAUGGAAGUUGGUCCCCUGAAUUCAAAAACAAAGAAGACAGUCUCUACAAACUACUCUGCGAAGUGCAUAAUGCUAUCACUGACAAUGGAGCCGCCAUUGAGUACCAGUCACGUGACAUUAUGCCAUCGAGCAUGCUCAGUGUAUCUGAUCGCUCUUUGAGACAGAUGCGUGAUUAUGUCAUCACCAGAGAUUGUGCCACACUGUGCCAAAGUUUCUUGGACAUGAACGAAGUGCUAGUAAAGUCCAUGAACAGUUCCUAGUGCUAGUCAUUCCGUGUUCAGAUUUACAGAGGCAGCAAUUUUAUUAUUUCGUUU